AUGGAUAAGAAAAAUAAUAGUGAUUAUAAGAAAAAUAACGUUGAUAUCGAAAGAGAUGAAUCAGUUAUCUCUAUAAAAAUGGUCUUUGGUAUUGUAAACCUAAAAUUAACAAAUGACAGAAUUGACAAAUUAUUAAAAGAAGCAAAUAAUUCAAAAGAAAAAUGCAAUUUGUUAGAAAAGGAAAAUGGAAAGAACAAAAACAAUGAAAAAGAUAAAGAAACUUUAAAAUCUACUUUUAAUGUUAGAAGUGGUCCCUUAGAAUACACAACACUUCAUGAUGCAGUUUUUUCUAAAAAGCCUGAUAACGUUAAGCGAAUACUUGAUUAUGGGGCAGAUGUAAAUUCGAUGUCGGAUGGUCGUUAUACACCACUGCAUAUAGCAGCAUCUAUAGAUGCAUGCAGCUGCAUUGAAGUGCUACUUAAAUAUAAUGCUAACACAGAAUUAUGUGAUAAAAACAAUAAAACACCAUAUGAAACAGCAGUUUGUAAUAGUUGUGUUAAUUCUGCUCGACUUCUACUAAGUCAUGAUAUACUAACAUGUCUGAAGCAAAGGCGCAAUCAUGAUUUUUUUAAGUAUCUGAAAACAGUUGAUUCCGAGAGUGUUACUCCUGAUUGUUUUGAUAAAUGUCUCAAGUUAGCAGUUGAAGAAGACAACUAUGUUGUAAUAGGAAUUAUUUUAAUUCGGAAACCUCGUUAUGCAAAAGAAUGUUUGAUUGAUGCGCUAAAAAAAACAAAUUUUUCUAAAAGCACUCUUAUAUUGUUAUUAUGUUAUGCUGUUGAAAAACACUUUAAUGAUGUAAUCAAAGUAAUUUUUGAGAACAAAGAUGUGGAGUUAGACAAAAAUCAAUUGUUCAAGUGCGACAUUCAUAUAUCUGCUGAAACACUGCGUCAUUUAAAAUCAUUUGUAAGCAAUGACAAAGUGUUUGCUUACCCAAUUAGCAUUGGAUGCAAUCAUAUGGUGAAAAACUUUAAAGGUGUUGAAUAUAUGUUAUUGAGCUUAUUUUGUGAUAAGAAAAACCUUAAAGCUGAUUGGAGAGGACUCCUGCUACGUUUCCUUCAUGAAGAUUGGUUUAAAGGUCUAACAAGCUUUAAAGAUGUUAUCCUUUCUCAUAAUAAAAUUAAAAGCAUAUCCUCAACAAAUAUUUUGAAUUGUCUCGGAGCUGUAGAAAAGCUGAAUCUUAGUUCAAAUAAAUUACAAGAUGUUCCCUCAGAAUUGUUUAAGCUUCCCAAACUUCGCAUUCUAAAUCUUUCAUCAAAUCAAUUAAGACAUCUCUCUAAUGUUAAAGAAUGGUCAUUAUUUCUUACAACAUUAUCUCUUGAAAAAAAUUUAUUAGAAAGUUUUCCAUUGCAUGUUGAAGGACUUAAAUUAAAACACUUAUAUUUAGCAGAUAAUAGAUUAAAAAGUGUUCCUAAAAGUAUAUGUAACCUGAAAUGUUUAGAAACUCUUGAUAUUAGUCGAAAUGUUGAUAUUCAUUCAUUACCAGUGAGCAUGGGAAAGUUAUCAAAACUUACUCAACUAGAUUUGGAUGGCUUAGAGAUUAAAGAUCCUCCACCUGAAUACAAAAAACCUCAAGAAAUUCUGAAUUAUUUAAAAGGAAAAUUAAGACACUCAAAAGCCUAUUACAAAAUGAAACUAAUGAUUAUUGGAUUUCCACAGCAGGGAAAGACAACUCUGCUUAAAAGGCUUAAAGAUGAUACUAAUUACAAUGUGGAUCAAUCAACACAUGGUAUUGAUAUUGAAGAGAUUACAAUAUCUUUAUCAAGAAAAGACUUUAAUUUUCGAGUUUGGGAUUUUGCAGGGCAAGAAGAAUACUUUGCAACCCACCAGUGCUUUCUAUCUUCCUCAUCUUUAUAUUUAUUGGUUUGGGAUGUAACUAAAAAAAAGGAAUAUGUCCAAUUACUUCAACCAUGGUUUGAGAAUUUAGUAGCUCGAGUACAAUUUUUUUAUAUUAUUGUUGUUGGUACAAAAUUAGACCUCCUCAAGAAUGUUGACAUAGAUAGUGCUUGUGAUCAAAUGAAAAGCGAGAUUCAAACACUUAUUGAAACUAUUCCUGCUGUUAGAAGUCUAAUGAAUAGCGAUAAAUAUUUUUCUUUAAGACUAAAAAUUUGUUUUGUUUCUUUAGACACAAAGUGUCAAAGUUAUUCUAAAGACAUUGAUAAACUCAAAACAGAAAUCUAUCUUUUGGCAGAAACUAUGACAUAUGAUGGGAAACAAAAUGGGGAGAAAAUAAUGGGUAAAUUGUUUCCACAAGUUUAUAUAAAGUUGGAAGAAAAGAUCAAUGAAAUUAAAAAACAGAAAGAAAAUAAUAGUGAGGUUCCAAUAAUUAGUCGAGAAGAAUUCAUUUCUCUUGCGAAGUCAUUAAAAUGUGAUAAUGAUGAUAUCUUUCAAGAUGAUGAUUUAGAACCAGCAACUAAGUUUCUGAUGAACACAGGUUUCUUAAAUUUUUUUAAUUUUUUUUUAUGUAAUUGUUUGCAACUUAUUUAUUUAAUGGGGAGUGUCCAUCCUGUUUUUUGCACUGACAGGUCAUCUGCAAAUGGAAUUGUUGAAGUUCAUCAUUGCACAAUCAAGCGUAUGGCAGCCAGAAGUGGCAAAAAUCCCUUAAAAAUGCUGCCAAGCUUGAGCCUCUGUUUUAUUGUUGUAACUUCUUCCUUUUCUGCAAAAAACUACCAUGAUUACAGCUCAGGUAUUGAUAUUCAAGAUGUAUCUAUUGGGUUUGGUCGCAAAAAGUCUUUUAAUUUUCGAAUAUGGGAUUUUGCAGGGCAAGAAGACUACUAUGCAACUCAUCCAUGUUUUUUGUUUUCUUCUUCGUUAUAUCUGUUGGUUUGGGAUGUAACUAAAAGGAAAAUUUGUACUAAACUACUAAAACCAUGGCUUGAGAACUUGUUAGCUCGUAAUGAGAUAUUUUAUGUCAUUAUUGUUGGUACAAAACUUGAUCUUCUUAAUGAAGAUAUUGAUGAUGCAUGUAAAAAAAUGACGAAUGAGAUUGAAGCGAUCCUUGAAAAAAUUCCUUCCCUUAAGAGUCUACGAGCCAAAGAUAGCCAUUUUUCUAGUCGAGUAAAAAUAAUUUUUGUUUCAUUAAACCCAAAGUUUCCAAAUUACAAUAAGAAUAUUGAUUCACUCAAAACACAAAUCUAUCUUUUGGCAGAGAGUAUGACAUUUGAUGGAAAACCAGGUGGUGCUAAGAUAAUGGGUAUGCUGGUUCCACAGAGUUAUCAAAAAUUAGAAGCAGAGAUUAUUAAAGUAAGAAAUGCAAAAGAAAAUAAUGGUGAGAUUCCAAUUAUUAGCCGAGCAGAUUUCAUAAAAAUUGGCAAAUCACUCAAAUGUAAUGUUGAUAAAUUUGAAGAUGAUGAUCUUGAAGCAGCCACUAAGGUUUUAUUAGACACAGGUACUAUACUCUAUUUUGAAGGUGCAAAUGAAGGUUUAAAUGACAUCAUUUUCCUCAGUCCAUCAUGGGUAUGCAAAUUAAUGGCAAAGUUUAUUACAGUUGAUUGCGUUCAUGCUUUUAUUAAAAAUGGAAUUUUAGAACGAAAAUAUAUACCGGUAUGUGCGAAUUCACAUGCUGAUGCCAUGAGUUUGAUUACAAUUGAAGAAGACAGACUAUUUCUAAUAGAUCAGCGAGGUGAACGUAAGGGAUACAUGGCCGGAGUUGACAUGGCAUUGUCUACAUCUGGCACUGAAACCUCAGAUGAAGAAUUUAUGAAACCAAAGAAAUCUAAUCAAAAUGUUGUAAAAAAGCGAUCACGAUCUCAAAAUAUCAUUUCACCUGAGUUAGCAUCUGCUCUUGACCGAACCAACGUCACGGAUCGCCAAGCGACUUAUUUACUGGCAGCUGCAGCAAAAGGUUUAGGUCAUGACAUUACAGAUUUUGCUAUUAGUCGCGAUACGAUCCGGAGAGCUAGAAUUACUAAUCGAAACAAAAUUGCUACAACCAUAAAGUUUGCAUUUAACUCGUCAAAUGUUCCAUUGACUGUUCAUUUUGAUGGCAAAAUAUUGCCAAAUAUUACUGGAAGAGAUUCAGUUGGUCGAUUAGCAGUUGUUGUUACAGGUUACAACGUUGACCAGCUUCUUGGCAUUCCAAAGUUAACAAGGGGUACUGGUAAAGCAAUAAGUGAAGCUGUUAUAACAACUUUACUAGAUUGGGACAUUCAAGACCGAGUUAAAGCAAUUAGUUUUGAUACAACGGCUGCCAACACUGGUACCGAAACUGGAGCGUGUACUUUAAUUGAAAAAAAGCUUAAUAGAGAACUAUUACACUUGGCAUGCCGUCAUCAUAUUUAUGAAAUCGUCUUGAGUGAUGAUGCACUAUUUUAUUUGAAAACAAUUCUUGAAUCUGGUAAACAAUAUCGAGAUGACUACAAGGAAUUGUUGGAACUAACCUUGUUGUUUCUUGGUGAUGUUCCUCCUCGUGGGGCUCAUGUAAUGGCUCCCGGAGCCAUACACAGAGGAAGUUUGGUGUACACCAAAUUUUGGAUAUCAUGUACCAAUCCAACAACACUUGCUCCGUCAAAUGAUCUCACUUUCUUGAAGACUGUUUUUCAACAUAAAGCCAUUAACAAUGGAAUUUUUACAGCUGCAGCAACAGCAUUUUCGAGGCAUUUAUGGUAUCUAAGUGAAGAAAUAGUAGCAUUGGCUUUUUUUGAUAAGGAGAUCAGCAAGGAAACAAAAGCAAAAAUGGUUUUGGCUCUACAAAAUGCUGGAGAAGAUGAACCACAGAAAAGAAUAAAAAUCGAUUUAACUUCAAUUGAAAAUCUGCAAAUAGAAAGUUUUGUAGCAGAGAAUACCUUAAAUUUUUUCAACAUUUUGGAAUUACCAACUACUUUUUUGACAACUGUUGAUCCUGACAAGUGGACUGAAAAGGAAGAGUUUCAACAGGCAGAAAAAAUUGUAAAAAGUCUACGAGUUGUUAAUGAUACGGCUGAAAGAGGAGUAAAACUAAUUCAGGAUUUUAAUUGUUCAAUUAACAAAAAUGAAGAACAAAAGCAAUUCUUGUUGCAGAUAUACCAAUUUCUUCUCCAUUUUCCACCACAUCCACUCUACUCUUUAAGACAUCUUCGUCCAUUGAAGAUUGAUAUUCAAGAUGUAUCUAUUGGGUUUGGUCGCAAAAAGUCUUUUAAUUUUCGAAUAUGGGAUUUUGCAGGGCAAGAAGACUACUAUGCAACUCAUCCAUGUUUUUUGUUUUCUUCUUCGUUAUAUCUGUUGGUUUGGGAUGUAACUAAAAGGAAAAUUUGUACUAAACUACUAAAACCAUGGCUUGAGAACUUGUUAGCUCGUAAUGAGAUAUUUUAUGUCAUUAUUGUUGGUACAAAACUUGAUCUUCUUAAUGAAGAUAUUGAUGAUGCAUGUAAAAAAAUGACGAAUGAGAUUGAAGCGAUCCUUGAAAAAAUUCCUUCCCUUAAGAGUCUACGAGCCAAAGAUAGCCAUUUUUCUAGUCGAGUAAAAAUAAUUUUUGUUUCAUUAAACCCAAAGUUUCCAAAUUACAAUAAGAAUAUUGAUUCACUCAAAACACAAAUCUAUCUUUUGGCAGAGAGUAUGACAUUUGAUGGAAAACCAGGUGGUGCUAAGAUAAUGGGUAUGCUGGUUCCACAGAGUUAUCAAAAAUUAGAAGCAGAGAUUAUUAAAGUAAGAAAUGCAAAAGAAAAUAAUGGUGAGAUUCCAAUUAUUAGCCGAGCAGAUUUCAUAAAAAUUGGCAAAUCACUCAAAUGUAAUGUUGAUAAAUUUGAAGAUGAUGAUCUUGAAGCAGCCACUAAGGUUUUAUUAGACACAGGUACUAUACUCUAUUUUGAAGGUGCAAAUGAAGGUUUAAAUGACAUCAUUUUCCUCAGUCCAUCAUGGGUAUGCAAAUUAAUGGCAAAGUUUAUUACAGUUGAUUGCGUUCAUGCUUUUAUUAAAAAUGGAAUUUUAGAACGAAAAUAUAUACCGUUGAUUUUAGGAAGAGAUUGGGGCAUCGAUAAUCAGGACACAAUAAGAAAUUAUUUAAAGUUACUAUGGCGUUUCCAGGUUGCUUGUGAAAUUGAUGAUCACAGAAUUCUUGUUCCAUCAAAACUUUCAAUAAUUUCUCCAAAACAUACAUUUGACUCAAGCAGACUUCUUACUCGUUACUAUUUUUUUAAUUGCGUUCCAUAUGGAUUUUGGGCUCGAUUUAUUACUCGUUUUUUGUCAAUAACUAAAGAAAUGUUAUCAAAUCCAAAAAUCGAAUCAAGACCUAAAGUUCUUUCGGUAGAAAGUGUAGAAGAUAAUAACUGUGAACAAGGCUGCAAAAAUUUUUAUAAUUCUAAUGGUGAUUUUAGUAAAAUGACUGAUAAAGUUAAUUUUCCUAUCAUGGGAAAUUGUCAUUGUUUGCACCAUCUUGAAAGUGAUGUAAUAAAUGUAUUGCAAGAACUUGUAGAUUGUGUUAUCCUUAAAGUUAAAGAAAGUACAAGUGAAAGAGUUGCAGAAAAAGAUAGUUUAACUUUUAGUUUCAAUGCGGAUAAAGAAGUAAAUCAAAAUGAUUCAAAAAAUAUUGACCUUACAGAUUCCUUAAAUACUUCAACUGAAUUUAUUUCAAAACAAGAUCAUGAAAAAAAACAAUCAGAAAAAGAUGAUGAAGACAAUGCUCAACUUAUUAAGGAGCUUUCAAAUAAUGAUGAAGAAUAUGAAGAAUAUUUUAAUGAUUGCAAUGAACUCGCUUAUCUCUUAGACAAAGGCUAUUUAAGUUGCUGGAAUAAAGGCAUUAUAUUUAAUCACCCAGAUUUGUAUUUUUCUAUACAACAGUUAAAUAGCACAGUAAAACCUGAUCAAGAAACAAUUGAAAUACAUGUAUCUAAAUCCCCUCUAGGUUUUCGUGUUCUUGGCUAUAUUGUUGAUCAUAUUAGAACACUUUUGGAAGAGUGGUAUGAAGGUCUAUUGAAUUCAGAUACUGUUGUUUCUUCAUUGGCAUGUCCUGUUUGUACAAGUUUGGGUUUAAAUCAACCUCACACUUUUAAUAUAAGUACUGCUUUUGAAAAAAUAUAUAAAUUUUCAGAAGAAAAUGUUUGUAAGGUAAUAUGUGAACAAUUUCAUAAUCCAAGAACAGUAAAUAUAGAGGAAUUUUGUCCAGAUCUUACUUUCCAAGAUUUACCAAAAACAAUGAAAUUUACUUCUAACGAUUUUCAAUGCGAACAAAAUGAGAAAUAUAAACUGGGAGAAGGGCAAUACGGAAAAGUGUAUAGUGGCAAAUGUAAAAACAAAAUUAGUUCGGCAAUAAAGUUUUAUAAAUUCAAGAUCAACAACACAGAUGAAAUUUCAUCAUCAUUGAAUCAGUUUUACAAAAUUCGACAAGAAGUUAUAAUGCUCAGUAAAUUGCGUCAUCAUCCAUACAUAAUUCAAUUUUUAGGUUUCUCACUGAAACCAGAAUUAUGUGUUGUGAUGGAACGGGCUAGUCAUGGUGCUUUAUCAUCUGUCAUUUAUAAAAAAUCUGAAAUUAUUCCUAGAAUUGUUAAGUUUCGAAUUUGUCAGCAAUUAGCAAGUGCUAUAGCUUUUAUGCAUAAAAAAUAUAUUAUUCAUCGCGAUAUAAAAUCAGAUAAUAUUUUAUUAUUCUCGCUUAGUCAUGAUGCAAAAAUCAAUAUCAAGUUAACUGAUUUUGGUACAGCAAACUUCAUGAGUCCGUCUGGUAUGAAAACAUUAAAUGGCACCAAAGGUUUCACUGCUCCAGAAAUGAUUUUGUACCAAUCAUCUUUAGAUGAAUAUAAUUCAAGUGUUGAUAUAUACUCAUUUGGAAUGUUUCUUUACGAGUUAAUUGCAUAUAAAAGGCCUUUUCAUGAUGUUUCAGAAGGAUAUGAAAUAGAUCAGAAUGUUAAAAUGGGAUUUCGACCAAUGUUUUAUGACAUUCCUCAUGCUUUUUAUGGAUUAGUUCAUUUAACAAAGUUGAUGAAAUCAAUGUGGCAUCAAGAGCCUUCCAAAAGACCUCAAGCUAAAGAUGCUCUAAAUGUGUUACUGUCUCCAACUUUUCAAUUGGUUUUUGGACUGAAAACAUUAUCUUCUACACAUAACCCACGUGAGUUAUGUUAUAUAGAAAAAUAUAACCAAAUUUGGAUAGCUUGCGAUGACAAUGAAGGCCAGAAUAUCAUUGUAAUAGACAUGGAAUGUUUUAAAGUCGUCAAUGAAAUACAAAUCGAAAAGAUUGAAUUUUUAAAAAGUCUACCAAAUAGGACUGAUUUAAGUCUACAAGACAUAUAUUUUAACAUAUCAUCUAUAACCUCUAUUGAUAAAAAAUAUGUUUGUGUUGUGUUACGAGGUCUUCAUGAUGUAUUAUUAGUUUAUAAAGCGAAGAAGUGCAGUGUUUAUAUAAAUUACCCAAUGGUGGAUUUACAUGUUGUAUCUAUUUCUGCAAAUUCCGAAUGGGUUUGUCUUGGGUGUCAUAAUGGCCGUUGUUUUAAAGUUAAAAAAAAAGACUUUUUAAAAGGAAAUAUGUUAAAAUAUCUUCACGAUUUUCAAUUAAAUUCAUGCGUUCCGGUAACUUCUCUGGUAUUGCUUCUCGAAACAGCGAUUUGGUCUGUUGGACGUUCGAUUGCUUUUUGUAAUUUAAAGAAUGAAGAAGAGGGCAUGAAGCCGUGUCAUAUGAAUAGAAAUGUUCAAGAUAUUGUUUAUUCGUUAGACGAAACAUUGUUUUUUAUCUCUUUUCAAUGCAGUCCUGAAAUUUAUAUACAUAAUGCGACAACUAAAGAACCAUUACAUAAAUUUAACUGUCGUGAUGAUAUACUGAUUUGCUCUCCUAAUGCUUGUAACGUUGAUCUCAGGGUAACGUGUAUGUGUUCAGUUGAUAACAUGUUGUGGGUUGGUACAGGAAGCGGACACAUCCUUAUUUAUGAGGUACACAAAAAAUCGGCUAAAACUAUACUUUUGCAAACACUUCAUCCGUACACAAAGGAAUUGAGAAAACUUGUGCUUAUUCCGACAGAACGUCAUGAUGACGUAAGUUAUCAUGAACGUCAUGAUGACAUAAGUCAUCAUACUUUAUAUUACGCCAAGUAUCUUAUUGUUAGUACCGGAAAAGAGAUAAAUAAAAAUGCCUUCGGAAUGAACGCGUUGAUCUUUUUUAACGGUCAUAUGCCGAAGGAUGAAACAGCGUUCAAUAAAAAACUUUAUGAACCUAAAAAUACUGGUGAAAACGAUGGUAAAGUUAUUAUAGUAUGGCAUGUGUUGCCGGCACAUCAAUAUAAAAAUUUAGUAUUGGACUAACUUAUCUCUAUAUCAAUUAUUAUUAAAAUAUUUAAAAUGUCAAUAAUUAUAUUUUUAAAAUAAUUUUUAUGAGCUAUUUUUUAAAAUUCUAUGAUUUUAUAGUUUGUUUUUUUUUAUAUAAAAGUUUUAUAAUUCUUUUUAUACUUUGUAGUAUAUAUUUUUAUACUUUUAUAUAAAUAUAAAUAUAGA